AUGGCAACAACACAAGAAAAAAAGAAGUCAAUUGUCUUCUUCCACCCUGAUCUUGGCAUAGGGGGUGCAGAGAGGCUUGUUGUCGAUGCUGCUGUUGGCCUCCAGAACAGAGGGCACAAGAUCACCAUCUUUACGAGCCAUUGUGACCCUAACCAUUGUUUUGAUGAGGCAAGGAAUGGAACCCUGGAUGUUCGCGUCCGGGGCAACACCAUAGUCCCUCCCUCUAUCCUCUCUCGCUUCAGCAUCCUCUGCGCAAUCCUCCGCCAGGCACACCUCCUCAUCCAGAUCAAAUACUCGGGUGAACUCGACAACCUCAAGCCUGAUGCAUUCUUUGUCGACCAACUCAGCGCUGGCCUCCCUCUCCUCCAGAUCAUCCAACCCCGCUCGCCCAUCCUCUUCUACUGCCAUUUCCCGGACCUGCUCCUCGUGCAAGGACGACAGAACCUGUGGAAGCGCCUCUAUCGAAUACUGUUUGAUGUCUGGGAAGGGCUUAGCAUGAGCUUUGCAGAUGCGAUCGCAGUCAACUCCAAGUUCACGCGCGGCGUUGUCGGCCGGACCUGGCCUUCUCUGGCCAAGGAGAAAGAGCUGAAGGUUGUGUAUCCUUGCAUUGAUACGCGCGUGCAGAGCAAUGGUGUUGGUCAGGCGGGCGGAGCGAGAUGGGAGCAUGGACCGGUAAUCCUCAGCAUCAAUCGGUUCGAGCGUAAGAAGGAUGUUGCCCUGGUGAUCAAGGCAUUUGCAGGGCUGAGCAGGGCCCAGAGGAAGGGAGUCAAGCUGGUCGUGGCUGGUGGCUAUGACCCACGUGUCUCCGAGAACGUUGGCUAUCACAACGAACUCGUCUCCCUCGCCGAGUCUCUUGGCCUCGCCAAAACGACCGUCAGAUCUAUACAACCUACGCUGGCCAUUCCAUCCGAUGCCGAGGUCAUCUUUCUCCUCAGCGUACCGAAUUCUCUCAAACAGAAACUUCUCGGGUCCGCCAAGCUCCUUGUAUACACCCCGUCUAAUGAACACUUCGGUAUUGUUCCCCUCGAGGCUAUGCUCUCUGGCGUUCCUGUCCUGGCAGCCAAUACUGGUGGUCCUACCGAGACGGUGGUGGAGGACGAGACCGGUUGGUUGAGGGAUCCUGAGCAGGUGGGCGAGUGGACAAAGGUCAUGAAUAAGGUCCUGAAUGAGAUGAGCAAAGAUGAGCUGGCCGAGAUGAGCCGUAGCGGCAUAGCGCGUGUACGUGGCAACUUCGCUGAUACGCAGAUGGCUCAGCGCCUGGAUGAGAUAUUUGUCUCGGGCGGCGGACUGUUUGCGCUUCUCAUUUCUGGUGCAUUGGUAUCCCUCGUCAUAUUGUCUCGCAGCCAACGUUAG